UCACGCUUAGGUAAAUGCUGACACGAAACUCAGCAUUAACUCUCGUGACUUUGCGGGAUAUAUGACUGUUUUAAAGCUCGGAGGUCUGACAUUGAGGGUUCAAUAUGAUUGCAGGUGCAACAGUUUCACCGGGUAGCGUUAGCUUUCGCUUUAACCGUUAGCCUCUCUUUUCUAGGCUGUGUCAAGCUUUGAGCCAGAAAUGCAAAUGAUGAAAAUUAGCUAAUUCUGCUAUAUUGUUGAUAGCUAAGUCAUGACCUAACGUUAGCGUUAACCCCUUACUGACGGUUACUAACGUUAACAAUCUCUAUAAAGCCAUAUAUCAUGUUGAGAUGUCUUCACUUGUGGCCUACGAGGAUUCAGAAUCAGAGGAUGACUGUCUUGAUCAAACGGAGGAGGCAGCACCAACUUCUGUCAAAACUGGAUCAUGUGAACAAAACCAAGAACUCAGGGUGUGUACCUCCACUGAGGCAACACAGAGCCCUCACAGCUUCACGACAGACUCUGACAGGCCAGCGUUGGAGCAUCAUGGGAACAUCUCAGACAGAGACAUUUAUCCACUCCACCCUCAUUCACAGCUGCGGAGCUGUUUCGACUGGGAAGGAAAAUAUUUCACUGCUGCACAAGAAAAACAUUUUACAGAUACUACAGCUCCUCUGAGUUUUCGUUCAGCUCAGGGGAAGAUCUUACCAGUGCAGACUCUUCCUCACAUGCCACGAGGUGCCGGCGAUGGAUCGAAAACGACAAAAAGACAUCACACUGUUGCACCUGGUGUCAGACCGUACAUCCCCAAGAGACAGAGACUUCCCACUUCAGUAGAGACGGUGGACCCACAGUUUCCAGCAGAGCAAGUCCCAGGGAACCAGACCAGGGAGAUUCUGUCAGAAGUGUCGGCGAGAGUAAAGCCGUAUCUUACAAACAAAGUCCGCGCUGCAGGGAUACCGAGGAAGCUUCUGAUGAGCUUGGGAGGCCACCAGGGCCCAGUCAACAUAGUGCAAUGGUGUCCUGUACCUCAUCUCAGUCAUCUGCUGCUGUCUGCCUCCAUGGACAAGACUUUCAAGGUGUGGGAUGGAGCAGAGAGUGGGCGAUGCCUGAGGGUUUACACCUGUCAUUCGGGAGCCGUGCGCGAUGCCCGCUGGACCCCCUGCGGGCGACACCUUCUCACCGGCUCAUUUGACAACUCGGCUGUGAUCACAGACUCAGAGACAGGGCAGCAGGUGGUGAGAUUGGACAACCAGUUCAAAGUGAUGUGUGUGGUCCCGCAUCCCAGCAACCCCGAGGUAUUCCUGUGUGGAGGUUACAGUGCAGCGGUCAAGGCCUGGGACUCUCGCAGCUGCAAGGUGGUGAAGGUUUACAAAGCAGGGAUCCAGCAGACCUUGGACAUCCUGUUUCUCAGGGGUGGUGUGGACUUUAUAACAAGCUCCGAUUGCGUAAGCAGAGACUCUGCAGACCGCACCCUCAUCGCCUGGGACUACCAGACCACAGCCAAGGUCUCUAACCAGAUCUUCCAGGAGCGAUACACGUGCCCUAGCCUGGCUCUCCACCCACUGGAGGAGUCCUUCGUGGCCCAGACCAAUGGGAACUACAUGGCUGUGUUCUCCUGCCAGCAGCCCUAUAGGAUGAACAAGAGGCGUCGGUAUGAAGGACAUAAGGUGGAGGGGUAUGCUGUGAAGUGUGAAUUUUCCAUGGAUGGAUCUAUCCUGGCCUCGGGAAGCUCCACGGGCUCUGCUCACUUCUAUGAUUACCAGAAUGCUCGAACACUGCACGCCCUGCAAGCCCACAGCCAACCCUGCCUGUGCGUGUCUCAGCAUCCCGUCCUGCCUGCAACCGCAGCCACCUGCGACUGGGCGGGUGAAAUCAAAGUCUGGCACUAAGGACUGUGAAUGAACAAGCGAAUACUGUGUUAAAAGUUAUAAGAUGCAUCAUGUUGGCCAAGAGAGGACUAUUUUUCACUCAGUCAACUCAGUCAUCCAUCUUUAAGACUUUAUCUCCAUAAUCUCUUGGCACAAAAUGAUAAGCACUUGGGGGGAAAAAACAUGCUGGAAGUCAGCUAAUCUACUAUCUACUGACGCCUUUGAAAAACUGUUUUGUUUUUUUUUUUCUUUUUUUCUUUUUUUUUUACACUGUAGAUCUUGUAACACUUUCUUUGUUUUAAAAAACGCCCACAUGAACUCAUACUGGCACGAAAACAACAGAAACUAUUGUGUAAAUUUUACUGGAAGCAUGUUAUUCAUACUUGGCCUGCCACACGUGGUUUUAACACCUUGAAAAAAGGAGCGUUUAACUGUGAGAUCAUAAAGUUUCUUUACAUUUC